AGACAGCAGUGUGUGUGUGUCAGUGUGUGUCAGUGUGUGUGUCUCAGUCAUGAAGGACGACAGCAGGACUGAACAACAGGCCCCGGUGUCCCGGCAGGACCUGUAUAAGGACUAUGUCAAGUGUUACCGGGAGCUGUGUCCGGAGGUCCGGCCGUGUCGGGAUGACUGUCUGCUGAGGAAAGCGGCUCAGUACCUGCUGAGAGAACCGGAACCCGCCGGGACUUUCACGGUGUUCCCGUUCUACCAGGCUGUUACUCACCUCUGUGAAGCCCCGAGUUCUGACCGCAGGAAACGCCUGACUGCUCUCAUCAAAGCCACCGAGCUGCUGGAGACCGUCUGCCUCAAUCUGUUCAUCCAGCCCUGGAGGAAGGAGAUCAAGACUCUCAAGGCUUUCACAGGUCCGUUUGUUUACUGUCUCCUGCCAGUUCUCAGCAGUUCCACCAUCCAGUCCGUCCUGGCCUCUAUCGGCUACCUGCCCCACACUGACACUCCUCACAGUGAGUACAGACUGAGUGAGGAGGCUGACCCGCACAGAGCCAUGCUGCUGGGCUUUGAGCUGCUGCUGGCCAGAGUGGAGUGUUACCACCUCCUGGAGCUCCUGGAGAAGGAGCAGCUGGGAGCACAGGAGUGGCUGAAGGUGCUCCAGAGGAGAGCGGGGCCUGCAAAACUGGACGAGACCACAGAGAAGAAGACAACAGUAGAACCUAAAGAAGAGGAGGAGGAGGAGGAGGAGGAGGAGGAGGAGGAGAAGAAGGAAGAGGCAGAUAGAAAAGAGGUACCUCAGUGUUUGGACAGCAGGUGUGAGAGUGCAGUGAAACCUCAGCCCAAGCCUCGCCGCCGCCAUGUCCUCAGCGUAGACCCGUCCAUCAUGGAGAUGCAGAUGACCUACCCUGACCUGGCCUUCAGGGGCCGUCCUCUGCUGCCGGACAAACCUCAGCGAGCGAGCAGCAGCAGGAGCAGAGGCAGCACUGAUGUUCAAACUACUAGCGACAAUAACUACAGUGAGGACAGUAAAGCUGCUGAGCUCCCAAAAAGACAUUCUGUGAAAGGCGCCAGAGCUGCUGCUACAGCUGCACGCUGUAAGAACGAUGGCGGCAAAGCUGACGAAGUGUUUGGAGACGACAGCAGAGACAGUGGUUGUCAUGGCAGAGACAGUGGUUGUCAUGACAGAACCAGUGGUGAGACGUCCACUCCAGGAGACACCAGCAUCAGCACCACUGAUGGAGGCAGAGGGGAUGAUGAGCUCAGCGGCCCUCAGGCCAUCUCUCUGCACAUCACACUGAGAGCUGGAUCCCAAGGAGAAACCAGCCUGAAGCAGGCAGAGCCUCCUGUCCACACACACCACCAGGCUGCAGAAGACCUACAAAAUAAGAGACAAGUCAUCCCAAAGCUUCCUUCUCUGAGCUCCAUGGAGGAGGCGCAGGACCUGAGGGAGCUGGCAGAGAGGAUGGGCCAGCUCAAUGUGCAGGACACCAGAGAAGAAGCAAAGAGACAAGAAGAAAACAAGAAAGGAGAGGAAAGCAGAGAGAGGAGGAAGAAAGGGAGAAAGACGAGCACAGAGGGGGAGGCAGAGGAGCAGAGCCUCAGGAGGCCGUUGAUGGAGUGGGCUCCAGCACCGAGCCGUGCCGCCAGCAGACGCUCCAGACCCUCUCACUCUGAUGCUGGGGGGAUGAGAGAGCAGAGGCAGCCGUCUGUGUGUCCGCACUCGGCGCUGAGCGUCAGUGCAGCAGACUGCUCGAGCUGUGAGGGAGGAGGCAGCACGCAGCAGCAGGACGGAGAGGACACUGUGACAGCAGAGACAGGCAGAGGACAGGAGGAGCAGCUGGCAAACAGCUUUGUUAUAGUGGAGCAUCACAGGAAAUAACACGCUGUCAAGGUUCAAUUCACAUGUUUGUAAAGUAUAUGACAAAACCACUGAGCAAGCCCAAACCAAUACAAGCAGCAAGAUUUAACAGGUGAAGAUUUAACCCUUUGAAACCUGGAGAGACGCCACUUUUCUUAGAAAACAUGGAAAAACGAAAAUGAGCAACUUGGU